UUAACAAACGAUGAUCAUCUGACAGUAUUCAGAUCUUAGAAUAUGUUUGGAAAUAGAACACGAAUAAAAGUGACACAGUAUUUAUAUGGAAUUUCAGCUUCCCCGUGAUGAGAUGUUUGUAUUUAAUGUAAUUCGAUCAUGUCAUUGACAUGCCAAUCUCUCGCUAGUAUUUGGCUCUCAUGGGAGCACAUGAAGACGACUCUGUGCUGCUGCAGACAUUGACAAGGCCGGCAGUUCUUCUAAAAGAACAUGGAAAAGAUGUCACGGGUCACCACAGCCCACAGCAGCGCCAUCAGCGGCCGAACUAUGUUCUGCCACCUGGACGCUCCCGCCAACGCCAUCAGCGUGUGCCGGGACGCCACGCAGGUGGUGGUAGCCGGCCGCAACAUCUUCAAGAUCUACGCCCUGGAGGAAGAGCAGUUUGUGGAGAAGCUGAACCUGCGCGUCGGCCGCAAACCGUCCCUCAACUUCAGCUGCGCCGACGUCAUGUGGCACCAGAUGGAGGAGAACCUGCUGGCCACCGCGGCCACCAACGGGGCGGUGGUCACCUGGAACCUGGGGAAACCGUCCCGUAACAAGCAGGACCAGCUGUUCACGGAGCACAAACGCACCGUCAACAAGGUGUGCUUCCACCCCACAGAGGUCUACAUGCUGCUGAGCGGCUCGCAGGACGGCUUCAUGAAAUGUUUCGACCUGCGCAAGAAGGAGUCCGUCAGCACCUUCUCCGGUCAGUCAGAGAGUGUAAGAGACGUCCAGUUCAGCAUUAAGGAUUAUUUCACAUUUGCUGCGACCUUUGAGAACGGAAACGUCCAGGUGUGGGACAUCAGGCGGCCAGACCGCUACGAGCGGAUGUUCACCGCGCACACCGGGCCCGUGUUCUGCUGCGACUGGCACCCCGAUGACCGGGGAUGGCUGGCGACAGGCGGCAGGGACAAGAUGGUGAAAGUGUGGGACAUGACCACAGCCCGGGCCAAGGAGAUCUUCUGCGUGCAGACCAUUGCCUCUGUGGCGCGGGUCAAGUGGCGGCCUGAGAAGAAGUUCCACCUGGCCACCUGUUCCAUGAUGGUGGACCACAACAUCUACGUGUGGGACGUGCGCAGACCUUUCAUCCCCUUCGCCACUUUCGAGGAACACAAGGAUGUGACCACUGGCAUUGUGUGGCGUCACCAGCACGACCCUCAUUUUCUGCUCUCGGGCUCCAAGGACAGCACACUCUACCAGCACAUGUUCAAGGACGCCACGCGUCCCGUGGACAAGGCCAACCCCGAGGGGCUGUGCUUCGGACUCUUCGGCGACUUGGCCUUUGCAGCCAAGGAGAGUCUGAUCAGCAGCGACGCCAACCGAAAGCCUUACCCCGGGGGCGACCGCCGCUACCCCAUCUUUUUCUUCAAGAAGCCCGACCCGACGGAACAGUUUGCCCACGUGUCCAGCGCCCUCAGCGUCUUUGAGACGGACUUGGACAGCAACCGCAUGGACUGGUUUGUCAAGACGGCGCAACUCUACCUCCUCUGCGGGAAGCCGUUUGCCGAGCUGUGCGACCACAACGCCAAGGUGGCCCGGGAACUCAAAAGACCUCAGGUUUCCACAACAUGGACCAUGUUGAGGAUUAUGUUCUCAGACCCAGCAAACCCGACCACGCCCGGUCUGACCCACGGUAAAGUGGGCACCUUGCCUUUAAUGAACAGCUUCAACAUGAAGGACAUGAGUUCGGGGAUGGGCACGGAGAGGGGACUGGAGCGCAGUAAAGGGGAGAGCCGGCAGGACAGCGCCCACAUGGAGCCCGGGAACUUGCACAUAAGCAGCAAUAAUAAUAAUGAUGAAAACGAGGAGACGGAGGGCAGCGAGGGCCAGGCCGAGUACAUGUUCGGCGAUGCCGAGUUGGAUGACGACGACCUUUACUCCAUGGAGAACGACAACCAAACAGAAGAGCAGGAGUGCACGCUGCCCCAGGAGGCCUUCCAACUGCGCCACGAGAUCAUGGACAACCCGUCCGCCCCCGAGCACCUCCAGCAGGACAAGGCCGACUCGCCGCACGCCAGCGGCAACGAGGCGGAAGUCACUUUUCUGGCGACCAUCGAGUCCAUCUCCCUCAUCUCCAUUUCGCAACCGCUGUUCAGCCCACAGUUACCCGCCAGCUUCUUCUGCCCCAUCGUGCGGGAGAUGCUGAGCUACUACGCCGAGCAGGGCGACGUGCAGAUGGCCGUGUCGGUGCUCAUCGUUUUGGGGGACCGGAUCCGCAAAGAGAUUGACGAUCUCACCCAGGAGCACUGGUACACGUCCUACAUAGAUCUGCUACAGCGCUUCGAGUUGUGGAACGUGUCCAACGAGGUCAUCAAGCUGAGCACGUGCAGCGCCAUCACCUGCCUGAACCAGGCGUCCACGACACUUCACAUCAACUGCAGCAACUGCAAGCGAGCGAUGAGCAACAAGGGCUGGAUCUGUGACAGGUGCCACCAGUGUGCCAGUGUCUGCGCCGUGUGCCACCACGUGGUCAAGGGGCUGUUUGUGUGGUGUCAGGGCUGCAGCCACGGCGGGCACCUGGAGCACGUCAUGAACUGGCUGAAGAGCAGCGCCCACUGUCCCGCCGGCUGCGGCCACCUGUGCGAGUACACCUGAGCCCGCCGCGGGAUCCAGAGGGAGAUGGAGCCCGAAGCACAUUCCUCCUCGUGGGCCUGCGGGCUCUAAUCAGGCUUUUUGUUUGAAGGGAGAUUUAAAAAAAAGGGUACACAAGAGUCUAAAGGAUUUUAUAGGCGCUCCUGUACGGCCGUUGAAUGGAGUCAACGGCGGUUAUGUUACAACAGAUGGUCACAGAAUAUGACUAUAUAUUUUUGUGAAUUUACACUUACACUUGUAUUUUACAUUGUUUUUAAACCCCUCAGUAGAAUCCUGACGGCUGUAAAGGAGUAAUUGUCCAUGGAAUGUUCAUGUAUGUACAUAAUGGUAUCUUAUUUUGAAGGACUGUAGAUAAUGUUAAAUUAAUUUAUAUGAGAAAUGGCUCUAUUCAGGCAAUACACUUGAUUUAAUCCUUGACCCGUGAUGUCUGUUUUGUCAAUUACAUUUAACACAAAGCACCUGAAGUGUUUUUCUCAGCUUUUCUGCUGAAUCCCAGGUGACGUAGCCUCAAUAUAUGGAGCCAGCUGCAGGUCCAAAUGACCUGGAUUCCGGUGGAGCAGUCGGGAUAAACACUUGUGCUCGAGGGUACCUUUUUUAGUGAGAGGAAAGAACAACUACUUCAUUCAUUCUCCCCAAACACACACACAACUCUUCUGUGGCCCGACUGGCUUCCAGCCGACAUCUCAGGCCUGGAGCCCACGGGCCAGACGCACGUCGAGUCCAGCUCGGCAGCGGUGAGGGACGCACGAGAUUUGUGUGGAAGCCACUGGGGGGGACGACCUCAGUCCAGCUUUGUCGUGGCUCGUUCUGUUCAUCCUGGUUGGAGGAUUUAAGGAUGCUUAAAUUAUCGCUGAGGUUAUUCCACGCUGGUCUCAAUUCAAAACACUUUUGGGGUUUAUUUUGACACGUUUACAUUCUGGAUGGUGCUCAGCAACAAAAGUGUCUGUCCUCACUGGUGCUGUAAUCGUCAUAUUAGUUUCUCAGUUAAUUUAAAAAACCUGCAGGCUUGAGGUUGCGUUUGCAGCAACUGUCAACACACCGAUUUCACCCUUCACCGCACCGAGGACCUUCAGUUUGGACAUCAGUCUGCAGGGAAAUCCUUGACCCAGAAGCUCAGUCUGCAAAGAACAGCCUUGUAGUUUUAGCCAAUUAAAACGUGACUCAUCGAGGGGGGGGGGGGGGGGGGAAAGAAUCAGAUAAACCUAAGCCACUCGAUCCGAUUAGAGACAUCAGGACACCAAGUCCAAGAGUGAAGACAAUAUUAAAUGUUAAAGUCUAUAGUCCUUUGAAUAUGUCCCAAUAUAAUAU